CUUCUCAUGGAAAACGUCCCUUAGAUGAUGUCACAGAACGUCAAACUUUACCUCCAGCUCUCCGUCGUAAUCCUACUUCCCAAGGAAUUUUUUCGGCUCCUUCCCCUCAAUCUUCAACAAUCCUGUCAAGCAAUUCGAUUUCUGUUGCUAAACCGGAACCAAAAUUACCUCUAAUUGACGAUCAUGUAAUACCACCAGACGAUAUCGUUGAACAUUUACUUGAACUCUAUUGGGCUAAUGUCCAUCCUUACGUUCCAGUUCUAAAUAAAUCAAUUUUUUUACAACAACGUGAGAACCCUGAUGAUCCACCUUCUCUUUUGUUACUUAAUGCUAUGUUUGCUGUCGCUGCUGAAUUUUCUGAUCGUUCAUCUGUGCGCACUGAUUCUGAAUCUCAUGAAAAAGGUGGUUGG